ACAUCUACUAUUCAUCUCCAUUAUUGCUAUUAUUGAUGAACGGUACGACUUAGUUUUGAUAUCUUGACUUUGGCCUUCAACGCAUACAUUACUAGCCUUAUUCAGAUCUGCAUUAUUGCAUUGCUAUCUCUCUUCUCUUCUUUCUGAUUCUCUGAUAUGUGUUAACCAUGGCGGAAUCAUUCAUCUUCAGCAUCGCUGAUUCACUCACUUCCAAGCUUGCUUCUCGUGCAUACGGAGAAGCGUCUCGGGUGGUUGGUGUCUAUGAUGACCUCCAAGACUUGAAAACCAGUCUCUCUUAUGUCAAAGCUGUGCUCUUGGAUGCUGAGCAGAAGCAGAAGCAGGAGCAGAGCCACGAGCUGCGGGAGUGGCUGAAGCAGAUCAAACUCGUCUUCUAUGAUGCUGAGAACUUGCUUGAUCAAGUUGACUGUGAAACACUGCGCAAGCAAGUCAUCAGAGACUAUGGCACUCCCAAGGACAAGGUAGGCCGCUUCUUCUCGAGUUCUAAUCCGCUUGUGUUUCGUUAUAAGCUUGCUCAUCAGAUCAAAGAGAUUAAGAAGAGAUUAGACAAAGUUGCAGCUGAUAGGGAUAAGUUUGGGCUUCAAGUAAUUGAUGUUGAUAGGCGAGUUGUGCAUAAGAGGGAGAUGACUUACUCGCAUGUUGUUGAGUCUGAUGUCAUAGGACGUGCUCAUGAUAAAAAAAAGAUCAUAAAGCUCUUGAUGGAACCGAUUCUUGACAACAAUGCUGGCUAUAAACAUAUCUCUGUGAUUCCCAUUGUGGGAUUUGGAGGUUUGGGAAAGACCACUCUUGCUAAGCUUGUCUUCAAUGAUAAGAGGGUAACAAAGUCUUUCCCAUUGAAAAGGUGGGUGAGUGUUUCUGAUGAUUUUAAUAUUAAAUCAUUGAUUCUCAAAAUCAUCAAUCCUCUCAGUGAUUUUGCUUCUUCUACUGGGCAACAAAACUUAAGAGACUUAGAGAUUGAGCAAUUGCAACAUCGUCUAAGAAACGUGCUUGAGGGUAAAAAGUUCCUGCUGGUCUUGGAUGACGUAUGGAAUGAAGAUCGUGUUAAAUGGGUUGAGCUGCAACAUCUCAUUUCAGUGGGUGCUCAAGGAAGCAAAGUUAUAGUCACAACACGUAGCCAGUCCAUCGCUUCCAUGAUGGGUACCGUUGCCUACUCGCACCAUUUAAAAGGUCUUUCUCCCAAGAAUUCAUUGCGUUUGUUUGUUAGAUGGGCUUUUAAAGAAGGAGAAGAGGGAAAGUAUCCGGAUUUGAUAGAGAUUGGAAGAGAAAUCUUAAAAAAGUGCAAAGGAGUUCCUUUAGCGGUAAGAACAUUGGGAAGUUCACUAUUUUCCAAACACGAGAUACAAGAGUGGGAAUCACUGAGAGACAAGGAGAUUUGGAAUUUGCCACAAAAAGAGGAUGACAUCUUACCUGCGUUAAAAUUAAGCUAUGAUGAAAUGCCAUCCCAUUUGAGGCAAUGUUUUGCUUUGCUCUCCCUUUAUCCAAGGAAUUUUCGAUUUGAUUCUUUUGGCGUUGCUUCACUUUGGGGGGCAGCAGGUUUGCUUCCAUUGCAAAGCAAAGAUAAAACAAUGGUAGACGUUGCACACCAAUAUUUGAGAGACUUAAUGGCAAGAUCUUUUCUUCAUGACGUUUCUGAUUGUGGCACCUUUUAUUUUUUUGGAAUACAUGAUUUAGUGCAUGAUCUUGCAGUAUAUGUUGCAAAAGAUGUGUGUCAAUUGGUUAGUUCAAACACUCAGGACAUAUCAGAAAAUGUCCUGCAUUUGUCUUUUGUUGAGAAUGGUUUGCCUUACAAUUCCGUCAAGCCAAGCUUACGAGGUACGAGAAGCAUUCUGUUUCCAGUUGACGAAGUGGGAGCCAGUGAAGCUUUCUUGAAUGCAUGGGUGUUAAACUGCACUUACCUGCGAUAUUUGGAUUUAAGUAAUUCUACAUGUGAGACUUUGCCUGAGUCAAUUGGUAAGUUGAAACAUUUAAGAUCUAUUUCUCUUUGCAAUAAUAAAAGAAUAAAGAGGCUCCCUAGUUCUAUUUGCAAGCUCCAAAAUUUGCAAGUCUUGGAUCUUGAAGGGUGUUCAAAUCUUGAAACUGUACCGAAAAAGUUAAGAAACUUGAUCAGCCUGCAAAGAUUGGAGAUAACCACAAAGCAAUCUAUCUUGCCAGAGAGUGACAUUGCAAAGUUGAAUCGUCUUGAAUAUUUAUGCGUCAAAGAUUGUGAUAAUUUGGAGUCCUUGUUUGUUGAGACAAGAUUGCCUACACUUCGAACUUUGCAAGUUCGUGGCUGUGCGAAUCUAAAGUCUUUGCCACUUGAUACUCACCAUUUUCCUCGGUUAGAAACUAUGCUAAUCCAAGGUGUUGGCAAUGAAGAUUGGCUUCAUAGAUCAGAGAAUACUAAUUCUGUCUUGAGGUUGCUACGAGCUGGAGGUACUGCCUGAAUGGCUGUCAAAUCUGAGUUCUUUGAAAUUUCUUUUUAUGGGCGGUUGUCCAAAAUUGAAGUCUCUUCCCAGUGAUAUCCACCGUCUAACAAGUCUCCAAGUUUUGCGAAUCAUAAAUUGCACCGAGUUAUAUAGAAAAUACGAGCCACAAGUUGGAGAGUGCUGGCCCAUGAUAUCUCACAUCAAGCAUACUGACAUUAGGAAGUAAUGAAGAAUUGAAGAUGGAGUAUCUCAUGGAAGAUGAAGAAGAAUUGUCUUGACAACCCGGAUUGGAGUCAAAGUGCCUUUUGUUUCUUCAUCAGUUUCCGUAAUGUGUACUAUUGUCCUUGUUUUGUUUUGAACUAUAUGCCUUUAGUGAUUUUUUAAUUUUCUGUAUGUUCUUUUGUAAUUCAAGAUGGUAAUUCAACGAGUCUGAUUUAGUGUUGCC